AUGAACAGCGCAUCACGGCUGGCGCGCAGCCCCACGGGUACCCUCUCGCCACAACGUGUGUGCUUCUUCUGCCGCAACACCCGAGCCCAGCGGUCCCAAUUGCAGCGUCGCCUGCACAACCCUCGCCGAAAUGCAUCGACGUCGAACCCGCGAGGAGGAGCGGCAGCGCAACAGUCUCAGCAGGGAACACCAUCCAUGGAGCAGAUCAGGGCUUACUACAACAGAAAGAACCAGACAGUGGCCUUGAUUCUGGGCACUGUCGCCCUGUCAUACGGAUCCGUGCCUCUGUACAAAAUGAUCUGCCAAACCACCGGCUGGGGCGGCCAACCAGUCCGCGCACACGGCGGCUCCUACGACAGCGACAUCUCCAGCCGCCUCGUGCCCAUCACAUCCGCCAACCGAAUAAAAGUCACCUUCAACGCCUCCGUCUCCGACGAGCUCCCCUGGAAAUUCGUCCCCCAGCAGCGCGAGGUCCGCGUCCUGCCGGGCGAGACCGCCCUCGCCUUCUACAAGGCCACGAACAAGGGCGACAAGGACAUCAUUGGCGUGGCAACGUACAGCGUCACGCCGGCGCAGUGUGCGCCGUACUUUAGCAAGAUCCAGUGCUUUUGCUUCGAGGAGCAGAGGUUGAACGCCGGGGAGACUGUGGACAUGCCCGUCUUUUUCUACCUCGACCCCGACCUGUUGAAUGACUUGAACAUGAAGGGUGUGAAAACAGUCACGCUCAACUACACCUUUUUCAAAGCGCGAUAUGACAACAACGGCCGGUUCAGGGCUCCUGCCGUGGCUUAG